CUGGAACUUAAGCUAUUUGUAUUAAGCGAAUACAUAAUCUUUUAUUCCAAUUUUCGCUCCACGGUGUAUAACAUUGAUCGUACUCACUCCUUAUUUUCUACAUUGCAGUCAGUAGAGGACACACGCGCGCGUUCACGUCGAAGAGGCGUGACAUUUCGCGCACGUGAGCCAAGGAUGCGUAACUAUAAAUCGAUAUAUAUCGAUAAUGUAUAACUCUUUAUCGCACGUACACACUCUCACAUGUCAGCUGAAGCCACAUGGAAAUGCAGUGUUACUAUAAAUAAUGUGGUUUAAUUGUUCAAUGUAAAUUUGUAUCAUAUAUGUUUUUAUUUAUUAUUUUUAUUUAAAGUGCAUUUUGUUGCCUAGUGCAAAUUAUUUGAAGCUAAAGUUUUCAAUACUUAAAUAUACAUACAUAAUACAUAAAUAUAAUAUAACACAACAAUAAAUUACAGCAUGAAUGGCAGAAUGAAACAGCCAUGACUUGCACCAGGGGUCUCAAACUCAAACGACCUGUGGGCCAGUCUUGUCUGGUCAGGAGGACCACAAUUAUAUCACAAUAAUGUUUUUUGUUUCCGAUAUUUAAAUAAAAUGACAUAAUAAAAGUGCCUGUUUUGAUAUGGAACAAUAGAUAAAUGUAGUUGUGAUGCAAAAUGAGUCUGUAAAUAAAUAAAUAAAAAGAACGACAGAAAUAAAUCCUUAGAAAUUGAUAUUAAGAGGAGGGCCACAUAGUAAGUGGACCACGGGCUGCGAGUUUGAGACCUCUGACUUAGACACAUCUGCUCUGGUAGUAUCCAACUUAUAUAGUCUAUGGCUUCCCCUGCUCCCAAAAACAUCUCACACUAAAUGUUGAUGCUUUGCUUAAGUAACAAAUGGGCUUAAAUGAUGUCAGAGGAAGUGAAGAAGUGAAGUGUGAAAUACAAAUUGGUCACCUUAGUAACUACUAGAAAAAAAAACCCCAGAAAAACAGACGCAUGAAAAAAAAAUAUCUGUACACUCAACUCACUUUCAAGUUGCUUUUGUGCUGAGAGCAGGAAGACGCAACAUGGAUGAGCUUGAUCUGCUGUUGCAGGAGCUUGCACUGGAGGCAGCUGCUUCAAAGAGUGUCAAGGAAAACAGCACGGAUGAUGCAGCCAAAAGAGAGGUGCCAGCUGCAGACUAUUCUGUACUUAACAUGAAAGAAAAAGGCUCAGCUGACUCAAAUGUCUACAGUGAUCUUCCAUCUUCCGUGGCAGCUUUCUCGAACCCAGACUCUCCCACUAAGGAGAUGGACACUGUUUUGCAAGAUCUGAUGGGUCUGGUGGAAAGAGAGGAUCCAACAGCUUCAGCAACCCCUCCACCACUUACACAAAAGCAGUCCAUAAAAAGGAAAGCAAAUGAGGGACAACAAGAGAACAACAAGAGCAGCAGCAAAGCAGGUUCUGAUGCAGAGACCUCGACCAGAAGCACAAAAACUGAUACUAUAGAUGACCUGCUGGGAGGACUGAGUUCUGACCUGGAGAGGAUUGGAGUACGCACCACAGUCAAGGGCCACUGUGCCUCCUGCAACAAAUGCAUUGUGGGAAAGAUGAUCACUGCACUGGGUGAAGUGUGGCACCCGGAGCACUUUGUGUGUGUGGUUUGUAAAACAGAGCUGAUCACCACAGGCUUCUUUGAGCGAGACGGGCAACCGUACUGUGACAAAGACUAUCAGCACCUCUUCUCACCUCGCUGUUCGUAUUGCAAAGGACCCAUUUUACAGAACAUCUUGACAGCGCUGGACCAGACUUGGCAUCCCGAGCACUUCUUCUGCACAUACUGUGGAGGCCUAUUUGGACCUGAAGGUUUCCUAGAGAAAGAUGGGAAGCCAUAUUGUCACAAGGACUUCUACUGCCUCUUUGCUCCCAAGUGCUCUGGCUGUGGUGAGUCAGUGAAGGAGAACUACCUGACUGCAGCCAAUGGCACCUGGCAUCCAGAGUGCUUCGUCUGUGCAGACUGCCUGCAGCCUUUCACCAAUGGCUGCUUUAUGGAGUUGGACGGUCGACCUCUCUGCUCGGUGCACUUCCAUUCCAGGCAAGGCACUCUGUGCGGCGGCUGCGGUGUGGGCAUCACAGGCCGCUGCAUCUCCGCUCUCAAUCGCAAGUUUCACCCUGAGCACUUUGUGUGCGCCUUCUGUCUGCGGCAGCUCAGCCAAGGCAUCUUCAAGGAGCAGAAGGGGAAACCUUACUGCGCCACUUGCUUUGACAAACUCUUCGUGUAGGGGAUGCAGGACUUGACACAGAGAUCAUGCAAAGGAUACACUGUAGAUGUUCGGUUUCACAUUCAUUCAAAAGUAGACAUCUAUACUUCUUACAUCACACACUUGUAUUUGCAGAUGAGAAAUAGACAUUUCACAAAUUCAAGGCUGACUGAGCUACAUGACAAGUGAUUUUAGAUACUACUAUGAUGAAUUACAUGGUUAAGAGUGCCUAACAAGGAGUGUGAUUUAAAUGACCAGUAGUUGUGUAAAGAUAUCAAGGGAAAAUGCUAACAUAGUAAAAUAAUGAAUGACACGGUUGUUAAACACAGGAAAAUACUUAUUUCCUGUAAUAAAAGUUAUUGAAGAAA